AUGGCGGAGGGACGAUACAAGAGCACUCGAUCCAACGGCAACGAGCCGCAGACGCGGAACGAACUGUCGACGGGGCUCUGGCUGCUCAAGCACACGCAGGGGAUCGUGACGACGGCGACAGCAAUAGGCAUCCUGCACCUACGUACUUGCCAUGCCCUCUACUUCACAGUCGGCAGCUUGGCGACAAGUUUCAGCGCCAAAGGUCUCAAGCGCGUCAUCAAACAGCCUCGACCGCCAGGAUCCAGAGUCAAGAAGACGAGCGGAAUGCCCUCGACGCACAGCGCGUAA